GUUAUGUCUCUGUAUAACAUAUCCCGACGAAGUCCUCACACAGUCAUUCUCUCCGUGUCGUUCCUACACAAUGCUCCUCCUCCUUCUCGUCUUCGUGCCCCUGGUGGUGGGGGACUACCCCUUUAGAAAUACCUCUCUCCCCUGGGAGGACAGAGUCAACGAUCUCGUUGGGCGCUUCACCCUGGACGAGAUCCAGCUGCAGAUGGCCCGUGGGGGUUCAGGACCAAACGCUGGCCCCGCCCCUGCUAUACCCCGUCUGGGUAUCAAGCCCUACUCCUGGGACACCGAGUGUCUCCGUGGGGAUGUGGCGGCCGGUGCCGCUACCUCCUUCCCCCAGGCACUAGGACUUGCAGCCUCAUUCAGCACAGAUCUGAUAUUCCGGGUAGCCCAGGCCACGGGUGAGGAGGUGAGGGCCAAGUAUAACAAUUUCACAGCGCAUGGGAUAUACGGCACUCACAAGGGUAUCAGCUGUUUCAGCCCAGUCAUCAACAUCGUGAGAGACCCCAGGUGGGGCAGGAAUCAGGAAACAUAUGGAGAGGAUCCACACCUGUCAGGUGUCUUUGCUGCCAAUUUCGUGAAGGGUCUCCAGGGAAGCGAUCCCCGCUACAUCAGAGCCAACGCCGGCUGCAAGCACUUCAAUGUCCAUGGCGGCCCCGAUAAUAUACCGUCUUCACGCUUCUCGUUUGAUGCAGAGGUGUCUGAAAGAGACUGGCGCACUACAUUUCUCCCAGCAUUCCGCACCUGUGUUAAGGCCGGCACCUACAAUCUCAUGUGCAGUUACAAUAGAAUCAACGGAGUUCCAGCAUGCGCCAACAAGAAGCUUCUGACGGAUAUUCUGAGAACCGAAUGGGGUUUCAAAGGUUACAUAGUCAGUGACGAAGCUGCCAUUGAGAACAUCAUCACUCAACACCACUACCUCAACAACAGCGUCGACACCGUCGCAGCGUGUGUGAAGGCUGGAUGCAACCUCGAGUUGUCACAAAACUUAGCUCAGCCCGUUUUCAUGUCACUUGUUGAUGCUGUGAAACAAGGCAAGCUGACUGAAGACGUGGUCAGGACCAGAGUUAAGGAGCUUUUCAAUGUCAGAAUGAGGCUUGGAGAGUUCGACCCACCGGAAAUGAAUCAAUACACAAAACUGAACGUUUCAAUAGUUCAGGGUGAGGCUCACAGGAACCUGUCUGUUGAGGCAGCAUUGAAGACAUUUGUGUUGCUGAAAAACCAAGAAAAUGUGCUUCCCUUGAAGCCAUCGAUCUACAAGAAUGUGGCGGUUGUCGGACCAAUGGCCAACAAUUCUAAUGCACUGUUUGGAGACUACUCCCCUAACAUCGACCUCAGAUACACAACCAACCCUCUACAAGGCGUACAGUCUAUCUGGUCUACAGUGAGGUAUGGAGCAGGCUGCACAGACACCAAAUGCACUCAGUAUAACUCCCAGGAAGUCCAGACAGCAGCAAAAGGCAGUGAUCUACUUUUUGUGUGUCUUGGGACAGGUACGGAGAUAGAGGCUGAAGGCAACGACAAAGCCAAUCUGGACCUCCCUGGACAACAGCUGCAGCUGCUGCAGGAAGCUGUCACUGCCGGCCAAGUAUCGGGUGCGAAGGUCAUCCUUCUUCUCUUCAAUGCUGGACCACUCAACAUCACAUGGGCUGUUGACAGUCCAAAGGUUCACGCCAUCAUGGAACUAUUUUUGCCAGCUCAAGCGACAGGCGAGGCAUUGCGACGGGUGCUUUUAGCUGAAGGACCCAACUCAGUUCCAGCUGCCAGACUUCCGGUCACGUGGCCAAGGUAUAUGGACACAGUGCCUGACAUGACAAAUUACUCAAUGGUCGGACGCACAUACCGGUACGCCACGUAUCCAGUUCUCUUCCCCUUCGGCUAUGGUCUCUCCUACACCAGCUUCUUCUACGACAUUUUGGGGUAUCCCACUCAUGUGACCGCCGGGGACGAUCUGACUGGUUCUGUCUCACUUAUAAAUCGAGGAUCUUUUGAUGCUGAUGAGGUCAUCCAGGUGUAUAUAUCCUGGUCGAACGCCACGGUGACGGUUCCACAGCUUCAGCUGGUGUCCUUCAACAGGAUGUUUGCACCACGGGGCGCCCAGACGUUAUGGGAAUUCACCAUCUCGGCUGAGUCCAUGGCAGUGUGGACUGAACAAAAUGGAUGGGUUGUUGAACCAGGCGUCAUUUCAAUAUGGGUAGGGGGUCAGCAGCCUAACGCCAAGCCCGCUGUAGAGUCCGAUAUCAUUGCUGGCAAGUUCAUGGUUACAGGGAAAAAAAUACUUGGUCGAUAUUAAUGAAAAGCCAUGCUAACUUUUGUUUACUUACUUCAAGUACAGUUGGACACUGGAUUUUGUCUGGCUAUGUUCUAAAUAUGGAUAAAUGUAAAACAGCUUAUGAGUGACCAAUAAAACUAAUAUUGACCUGUGAGCGAUGAAACACCUUGUGGAACUGCGGUGUAUGUAACCAAAUGGUAAAAUGUGUUAAAUCGGUAAUCAGUAUUGUUAAGUCUUUUUUUGGAAACAUUUUGCUUACAUGGUUUACGUCAGAGGCGACUGUAGAGAUCUGGGUUAGAAUUGAUCUUCAGCAACCCAUGCUUGUUGUACGAGGCGACUAACGGGAUCGAGUGGUCAGGCUCGCUGACUUGGUUGAUGCAUGCCAUCGUAUCCCAAUUACGUAGAUCAAUGCUCAUGAUGCAAAUCACUGGAUUGUCUGGUCCAGACGUGAUUUUUUACAACCCGACGUCUUAUUGCUGGAUUAUUGCUGAGUGCGGCGUUAAAAAGCAAACAAACAAACAAACAAACAAAAUGAUGUCAGGGCUGCAUGUUGGCUUGGUACAAUUACAACAGCAGCAUCCUUACAGUGUUCUUUUGCUGUUUGUUUCCUUUCUUUCAUUUUAUGUUACUCAGAAAGUAAAGAUUUAAAGAGCCCCUGUUGGUAACGUAAAUUGCCCAAAAUGUCAUUUUAACAUGUUAAUCGGCUAGUGCAAAGCCUCGUCAUCGUACUGAGCUCACUACUUCAAUCAAAACUGUAUGUAGUAAUAACAGUAAAUAGCACGAAUGAUCAUUUAUGUAAUUUAUUUAUGAAUUAAAGUCAUCCAACUUCGUUUUUGGUACGAUGUUAGUGACACUGAAACAGUAUCUUCGUGAUAAGGCAUAAGGUCUUCUUGUGUCCUUUGAACAGUCGUGUAACAAUAAAAUAUCUGCUAAAAGCG